ACACGACGACCAUCGUCGACGAUCGUGUCGGACGUGAAGACGGCCGUGCUCGAUACGAUGGCGGCCGUGUUCGACACGACGACGGCCGUGUUCGGCACAACGUCGGUCACGACGACGGCCGUGCACGACAACGAGCCGGACACGACGACGAGCGUGUUCGACACGACGACGGCCGUGUUCGACACGAUGGCGAUCGUGUUCGACCCGACGACGAUCGUGUUCGACACGACAACCAGCGUGUUCGACACGACAAGGAUCGUGUUCAACACGACGACCAUCAUGUUCGACACGACGACCGUGUCGGACACGACGACCAGCGUGUCGGACACGACAACGAUCGUGUUCAACACGACGACCAUCGUGUUUGACACGACGACCAGCGCGUCGGACACGACAACGAUCGUGUUCAACACGACGACCAUCGUGUUUGACACGACGACCAGCGUGUCAGAUACGACAACGAUCGUGUUCAACACGACGACCAUCGUGUUCGACACGACGACGACUGCGGUGAAAGUGUUCGAGAAAACUUGUUGACGUCACUGAUAAACCAGCACUGGACAC